UCACACAACUCCUCUCACUUGUCUUCAACAUUAUCUAUAAAAGCUAGCUACUCCCAUAACUUCUUCUUCUAAACUUAGAGUUGAAGUUCAUCCAUUCCUUUCAAUUUAUCGCGUCGUCAUUCCAAGCUCGUCUUUUGAUAGAAAUUGCCUACUAUAGAUCACAAUGUGGACGAUCUUGCUUGGUUUGGCGACGUUGGCAAUUGCCUACUAUAUCCAUUGGGUUAACAAAUGGAAGGAUUCAAAAUUCAACGGAGUUUUGCCGCCGGGCACCAUGGGGCUGCCCCUCAUCGGAGAAACCAUUCAACUUAGUCGGCCUAGUGACUCCCUUGACGUUCAUCCUUUCAUUCAAAGCAAAGUUAAAAGAUAUGGACCGAUCUUCAAGACUUGUUUGGCGGGAAGGCCAGUGGUGGUUUCAACGGAUGCAGAGUUUAACCAUUACAUAAUGCUUCAAGAAGGAAGGGCUGUAGAAAUGUGGUAUUUGGAUACACUCUCCAAAUUCUUUGGUCUCGACACUGAAUGGCUCAAAGCCCUUGGCCUCAUCCACAAGUACAUUAGAAGCAUUACAUUGAACCACUUUGGCGCCGAGUCCCUUCGUGAGCGUUUCCUUCCUCGUAUCGAAGAAUCUGCUCGAGAAACCCUUCAUUAUUGGUCAACUCAACCCAGUGUUGAAGUCAAGGAAUCAGCCGCUGCGAUGGUUUUCAGAACUUCGAUUGUUAAGAUGUUCAGUGAAGAUUCUAGCAAAUUACUGACAGCAGGUCUCACUAAGAAGUUCACAGGACUUCUCGGAGGUUUUCUCACCUUACCUCUAAAUGUGCCUGGCACUACCUAUCAUAAAUGCAUAAAGGACAUGAAGGAAAUCCAAAAGAAGCUAAAAGACAUUUUAGAGGAAAGAUUGGCUAAAGGGGUUAGCAUUGAUGAAGAUUUCUUGGGGCAAGCCAUUAAAGAUAAGGAAUCUCAACAAUUCAUUUCAGAGGAAUUCAUUAUCCAAUUGUUGUUCUCUAUCAGCUUUGCUAGCUUUGAGUCCAUCUCUACCACUCUUACUUUGAUUCUCAACUUCCUCGCCGAUCAUCCCGAUGUAGCGAAAGAAUUGGAAGCUGAGCAUGAGGCGAUUAGAAAGGCAAGGGCAGAUCCAGAUGGACCAAUCACUUGGGAAGAAUACAAAUCCAUGAAUUUCACACUCAAUGUUAUCUGUGAAACACUUAGGUUGGGAAGUGUAACGCCUGCUUUGUUGAGGAAAACAACCAAAGAAAUUCAAAUAAAAGGAUACACAAUUCCGGAAGGAUGGACAGUAAUGCUUGUGACCGCUUCUCGUCAUAGAGACCCAGAAGUGUACAAAGAUCCCGAUACCUUCAAUCCAUGGCGUUGGAAGGAGUUGGACUCAAUUACUAUUCAAAGGAACUUCAUGCCAUUUGGGGGAGGCUUAAGGCACUGUGCUGGUGCUGAAUACUCUAAAGUCUAUUUGUGCACUUUCCUUCAUAUCCUUUUCACCAAAUACAGAUGGAGAAAACUAAAGGGAGGAAAGAUUGCAAGGGCUCAUAUAUUGAGGUUUGAAGAUGGGUUAUAUGUGAACUUCACUCCCAAGGAAUGAUUGAUUGAAUGGAAUUUGGCUUUACCCAAAAAGAAAAGAAAAAUGUCAUUUAUCUAAACUUUAUGGGAUGAUGAACUACUUGUACUAGCUAGCUACUAUAUUUAUCUUCUUGAUCAUCAUAUGGUUCAAUAAGACCAUGUUCUUCUUGUAUUAAAGGCAUCUUAUGUAAAAUCAAGUUCAAUUAAUAUAAUAGCAUGGUUUCAUUAA